CGCAGAGACUGCGAGGAGCAGAAGUUGUCUGAGUGCGUGGUGGGCGGCUGUGGGGGCCAGACCCGGGAUCUCGGCGACUUUACAACUGAGACUCCAAGGUGUUUGUACCCAGCCUUCCUACAGACAAGUGGUCUGUCUCUAGAGACAUUCUGAGAUCAUAGAUCUUUAAAUGGAUCAAAUGGCUACCACUCAGAUUUCCAAAGAUGAGCUUGAUGAACUCAAGGAGGCCUUUGCAAAAGUUGAUCUCAACAGCAAUGGAUAUAUUUGUGACUAUGAACUUCAUGAACUUUUCAAGGAAGCGAACAUGCCAUUGCCAGGCUAUAAAGUGAGAGAAAUUAUUCAGAAACUCAUGCUGGAUAGUGACAGGAAUAAAGAUGGAAAGAUAAGCUUUGAUGAGUUCGUUUAUAUUUUCCAAGAGGUAAAAAGCAGUGAUAUUGCUAAAACCUUCCGCAAGGCAAUCAACAGGAAGGAGGGGAUCUGUGCUCUGGGGGGGACUUCAGAGCUCUCCAGUGAAGGGACUCAGCAUUCUUAUUCAGAGGAAGAAAAAUAUGCUUUUGUUAACUGGAUAAACAAGGCCUUGGAAAAUGAUCCAGAUUGCAGACAUGUUAUACCUAUGAACCCAAAUACUGAUGACCUGUUCAAAGCUGUUGGUGAUGGAAUUGUGCUUUGCAAAAUGAUCAACCUUUCAGUUCCUGAUACAAUUGAUGAACGUGCAAUCAACAAGAAGAAACUUACACCCUUCAUCAUUCAGGAAAACUUGAAUUUGGCUCUGAACUCUGCAUCUGCCAUUGGGUGUCACGUUGUGAACAUUGGUGCAGAGGAUUUACGGGCUGGGAAACCUCAUCUGGUGUUGGGUCUGCUUUGGCAGAUUAUUAAGAUCGGUUUGUUUGCAGACAUUGAGUUAAGCCGGAAUGAAGCGUUGGCUGCUUUACUUAGAGAUGGUGAGACUUUGGAGGAGCUUAUGAAAUUGUCUCCAGAAGAGCUUCUGCUUAGGUGGGCAAACUUUCAUUUGGAAAACUCAGGCUGGCAAAAGAUCAACAAUUUCAGUGCUGACAUCAAGGAUUCCAAAGCCUAUUUCCACCUUCUCAAUCAAAUCGCACCAAAAGGACAAAAGGAAGGUGAACCACGGAUAGAUAUUAACAUGUCAGGAUUCAAUGAAACAGAUGAUUUGAAGAGAGCAGAGAGUAUGCUUCAACAAGCAGAUAAAUUAGGUUGCAGACAGUUUGUUACCCCUGCUGAUGUUGUUAGUGGAAACCCCAAACUGAACCUGGCCUUUGUGGCAAACUUGUUUAAUAAGUACCCAGCACUGACUAAGCCAGAGAAUCAGGAUAUUGACUGGACUCUACUAGAAGGAGAAACUCGUGAAGAAAGAACCUUCCGUAACUGGAUGAACUCACUUGGCGUUAAUCCCCACGUGAAUCAUCUCUAUGCUGACUUGCAAGAUGCCCUGGUAAUCUUACAGCUAUAUGAACGAAUUAAAGUGCCUGUGGACUGGAAUAAGGUGAAUAAGCCUCCAUACCCGAAACUUGGAGCCAACAUGAAAAAGCUGGAGAACUGCAACUAUGCCAUUGAAUUGGGGAAGCAUCCUGCUAAAUUCUCACUCGUUGGCAUUGGAGGCCAAGACCUGAAUGAUGGGAACCAAACUUUGACCUUAGCUUUAGUGUGGCAGCUGAUGAGGAGAUAUACACUAAAUGUCCUGGAGGAUCUUGGAGAUGGUCAGAAAGCUAAUGAUGAUAUUAUUGUGAACUGGGUGAACAGAACAUUGAGAGAAGCUGGAAAAUCAACUUCCAUUCAGAAUUUUAAGGAUAAGACGAUCAGCUCUAGUUUGGCAGUUGUGGAUCUAAUUGAUGCCAUCCAGCCGGGCUGCAUAAACUAUGACCUUGUGAAGAGUGGCAAUCUAACAGAGGAUGACAAACAGAGUAAUGCCAAGUACGCAGUGUCCAUGGCUAGAAGAAUUGGAGCCAGAGUGUAUGCUCUUCCUGAAGACCUUGUUGAAGUUAAGCCCAAGAUGGUCAUGACCGUGUUUGCAUGUUUGAUGGGUAGGGGGAUGAAGAGAGUGUAAAACAACACCUCUCAAUAAAACCAACCAUGUUCCCAGGUGCAUGAUUAUUAGUAAGUCAGCUAUUUCCAGGUGAAGUACUCACGGCUUAAGGAAUUCUUGGUCAUCUAAAGGACUUUUAGUUUCAAUUUACAAGAGUAGUUCACCAUGAGAACCCUGAGGGGAUUUUUCAGAA